CGCAGGAGGGCCAGCUGGCGGUGGGCGUGCCUUGGACUCUUGUUACUAAAACUCUUCAGAAGGAAGACGAAGGAGAGGGAAAGAAUGUGCCUUUGACACUAAAGCUGUUCCAGCUCUUCAAAAGGAGGACGAAGAAGCGGGAGAGAAUGUGCCUUUGACGAGCAACUUCUGUGCAAGUGACAGAUUUGUUGAUUCCUUUUAUUCGUCCAAAGCUCAACGCUGAACUCCCUGCGAUUUCUUCUCGUUUAUUGAGGUGAUGCAGGAUUUAGCAAGAUUUAAUUGCAUGCAGAUUUAAAUUGAUGCAAGGCAUGGAUCCCUGGGGUUCAACAAGGGACCCCUCGUCAGAGGCUGGCAUGGGCUUUGAAGACUCCUUUUCGCCACAAGACAAAGACCAACAGGGAGAAGGCAUGUAUAUCCCGCUGGAUGACUCCCUGCAGUACAUCGCUGGCCUCGAAAGAAAGUUGGCUCGCGUUCAGGGCAAGACGAGAAGCCAGCGGCAAGCUGAAAGCAGCAGACUCAUCGACGCCUUGGCCUCGUCCAGGGACGCCCACACACAGCAGCUAAUGGAGAGCACAGACGCACGCACGGAUGCGGACCUGGAGGCGGAUACGGAGCACCAUUCCUCAGCUGCUGUUGAUCCUCAAGGAGCUUUGGGGUCCAUGCUCAGAAGGGUUGCUCCCAACAAAAUCGCUCUGAGCCACGAGGAGCUGUGUCGUCUCCUCGAGGCUGACAUCCUCGCCAAAGUCCACGAUGCCCUGGAGGAGGAGGAGGAGGAGGAGGAGGAAUCGGCCGCGAAGGAAUCCGCAGCCAGCCAGAGGUCAGACGCCUCGCACUGUGAAGCCAAGGAACCCGAGCGGACGGAGGCGAGCGCAGACGCAGUGCAGGACACCGCCAAACAGCCAGGUGUGACCCCGCAGGCAGCUCCCAAGGAACACUCGUCGGACGAAGGGGAAAAAUAGGGACUGGCAUUUUGUCUUUCACUUCCUUUCGAAAAACUCUUGUUUACCGCCUCAUCACCUGUAGUUUACAAUAGGAAACUGAUGUGCGUGGGCGCAAACACCCACACACACACGUGUCUUUACCUGUUAGUAAAAUCUACAGUGGCAUAUAUAGAACCCAUAUACAUAAUAUUUGAGAUGUUGAAUAUUAAUUAUUUACGGUAUAAACUUUUGUAUAAUAAAAGUAGAUAAGAA